AUCAGGGCGCGAUUGAAUAUUACAUUAAAAUUAUAUUUUUAAUAAAUAAACAGCAUAUCGAUAAGUAACGUAUAUUUGAUAGUAAUUUAUGCAUCAUUCAAAUAAAAUAAAGAAUUCGAUAAAUUAUUACGCCACCUAACGUUAAAAAUACAGAAUUAAAAUUGUGGGCAGAUUUUUUAAAAACUCGAAAGUUCUGAAAAGAGUCAAUAAGAGAAGUAAAAGGUUAUGGAUGCCUGAUUCACGUGUUCAGCUUCGAGAAUAUUGUAAAUACUUAGUAAGUUUAAUUACAUUUUAUAUACAUAAUCAAUAAUACAAGAUCAUUUUGUGACAGAUAUACAACAGAAGAAAAGAAUCCACAUAUCUUCUAUAUAAGUUUUGUUAAAGUGUAAAUACAAUUUCAGUUGGUAUCUAUUAACGAAUUAAACAACAAUUAAAUGGGGCGAAAAGCGAAAUUCGAUAAAACAGUUAUACCUAGUGGUAAAGGUAAAAAGACGAAAAAGCAAGGAGAUCCAAUAUUUCCUGGAUUGGCAGUGAAAAAUGAAAGCGCAUUAAGUCAUCGUCAAAAACAAAGGGUUAAAAAAAGAUUAUUAAAGAAACAAAAAUUAAAAGAAAAUGCACAAAAUAUUAAAAAAUAUAAAGAUAUACAGAAUAGUAUACAAAGUAAAGGAGUUAUAAAGAAAAAUGUAGUUAAUGUUGUUAAAAAUAAUAUUACUGAAGAUAUAAACAGUAGCAUGAAAAUUAAUGAAGAAAAUACAAUGUCCGUAAAAAUGAUAAAGUACAGUGUCAGUAAAAAUGAUAAAGUACAAAACAAGUUAAAAAGGAAAAUAAAAACAAAACUUUUAUCUAAACCUACAAAAGAAAACAAUGCAGAGUUUGAUGAAUUAAUAAAUAAUAAUACAGAAAUUGAUAUUGAUAAUAAGCAAUACAAUAGAAAUAAGAAAACACAAAGUAAGAAACCUAAGAAAAUUAAAAGCACAUCAUUGAAAAAUAUUGUGAAAGCAACAACUAUUAAUACAGAAUCUAGUUUAGAAGAAAGUAGUGAUAUGGAAAUAGAUAAUAAAAGUGAAUUAUUAAUUAUAUCUAAUAAAGAACAGAAUAAAAAAAUAAACAAAACUAAAGAUAAGACAUUAGUUCAUGCUAUGAAAACAAAAAAUGAUUAUACAGAUUCAAGAAAAGAGAAAAAUGAUGAGAAAAAUAAUUACAAAAAUAAAAGAUUUGAUAAAAAUAAUGAAGUACAAAGCAAGAAAUUAAAAAACACAAAUAAAUUAGUGACUGAUGAUUUGGAAGAAGAAACUGAUGAUAUGGAAUUUAGUGAAGAUGAAGAAACUGGAAACAUGAAUCUUGAUGAAGAAGAUGAUUUAUUACCUAUAGAAAAAGCAAAUAAAAAGUUAAGGAAGAAACAAGAAAAAGAAGAGGAACUUGCAGAAGCAGAAAUGAAAGAAAUGGCAACCCAACAAAAUAUGUUUUCAUUUCCAAUGGAGGAAGAACUUGCAAAUGUUACAGACUUAAAAGAAAUACAACAACGUAUACGAGAUGUUAUUAUGAUAUUAUCAAAUUUUAAAAAAUUACGAGAAGAAAAUAGAUCACGUUCGGAGUAUUUAAAUUUGCUUCAACAUGAUUUGUGCAUAUACUAUAGUUAUAAUAAUUUUCUUUUGGAAAAAUUAAUGCAGAUAUUUUCAUUGGAUGAAUUACUUGAAUUCUUAGAAGCGAGCGAAGUACAAAGGCCUAUGACCAUUCGUACAAAUACACUAAAAACUCGGCGUCGUGACUUAGCAGAAGCAUUAAUCAACAGAGGUGUUAAUUUAGAUCCUAUAGGAAAAUGGACAAAAGUUGGAUUAGUAGUGUAUUCAUCACAAGUACCAAUGGGUGCAACUCCAGAAUAUUUAGCAGGAUAUUAUAUUAUUCAAGGUGCAUCAAGUUUUCUUCCUGUAAUGGCAUUAGAUCCUAAGGAAAAUGAAAGAAUUCUAGAUAUGUGUGCAGCACCAGGAGGAAAAUCCUCUCAUAUUGCUGCACUUAUGAAAAAUACUGGUAUUCUCUUGUCUAAUGAUAUAAAUCAAGAUAGGAUAAAAGCUAUCGUUGGUAAUUUUCAUCGACUUGGCAUUGCCAAUUCUAUUAUUUGCAGUUAUGAUGGAAGAAAAUUAUCUUCUAUUAUUAAAGGAUUUGAUAGAGUAUUAUUGGAUGCUCCUUGCACUGGCACUGGUGUUGUUGCAAAAGAUCCUAGUGUAAAAACCAAUAAAGAUGAAAUAGAUGUACAACGCUGUUGUACUUUACAAAGAGAGUUAUUACUAGCAGCUAUAGAUUGUGUAAAUGCUAGAUCCGAGUCAGGUGGUAUUAUAGUUUAUUCAACAUGUUCAGUUCUUCCAGAAGAAAAUGAGUGGAUUAUUGAUUUUGCUUUGAAGAAACGUGAUGUCAAAUUAGUACCUACUGGUUUAGAAUUUGGUGCUGAUGGUUUUACGAAUUAUAGACAAUAUAGAUUUCAUCCUUCUCUUAAAUUGUCUAAACGGUUUUAUCCACAUGCGCACAACAUGGAUGGAUUUUUUGUAGCAAAACUUAAAAAAUUUUCUAAUAUUAUUUCUAAACAAGAACAAAUAAAGGAAACAUUGGAGUGAAAAUUAUAUAAACAAUUUAACAUUCUUUCCAAUUAAAAACAUUACUACAAUAUAUAUAUAUAAGAUCUAACAUUACUUCAUUAAUUUUUAAUAUU